ACACGCGCACGCGCACGCAGCCUAGUGGAGCAAGCAGUCUAGAGGUUGCAGUGAGCAUACGCCGAGCACAAGCACGCGAUCAACUCGAAGUCUCCUCGCAGUCGAGUAGAACGCGCCGGUUACAUUUGAUUUCCGCGCUAUAUUUUGGCGGAAUUUAGGUGUUCAAGCGCUGGCUCACAUUUCCGGUUAUUCGGUUUAGCAAUCUUUGGAAUAAACAAAAUGUUCCAAGGAGGCAUCUGGUCGAAGCUGCAGGGCUACUACAAGUGGUACGUCCUCGGGUUGGUCUCCGUGGGCUACAUCCUGGGCGAGUUAGGACACUACUUGAUAGGCACGACGUCGAAAGUGACAGCGGAGUACCUGCACUACGGGGACAAGGCGUGCAUGCUGAACGCGACGCACCUGCAUGUCGCCCAGCUGCCCCAAGUCUGCGAGAAGGUCAACUCCUCCGACAUAUGCGAGUCGCUGACGCUGAACGGUACGCGGUACUGCGAGUGGGGCUACAGUGGUCUGGGGCUCGACUACCAGGUGCUGGCAGGGCCCGCCUUCAUGGCCGUCUUCACCGUCGUCGGCGUCAUCAUCGGGGUCUUCGCUGACAAGUUCAAUAGGGCGCGCAUCCUGUCGGCGUGCACGGCGGUGUUCGUGGCGGCCAUCCUGCUGAUGGGCAGCGUGACGGAGUACUGGCACCUGGUGGUGCUGCGAAUGCUCAUGGCGGCGGGCGAAGCGGGCUGCAAUCCCCUGGCCACCGGCAUCCUCACCGACCUCUUCCCGGAGCACCAGCGCGCGCUCGUCCUCUCCAUCUUUAACUGGGGCAUUUACGGCGGCUACGGCAUCGCCUUCCCUGUCGGGAGGUACAUCCCCACCCUCAACGCUUGGGGACUCAGCUGGCGCGUGUGCUACUACGGCGCAGGAGUGGUGGGCGUCGUCAUCGCGGCCCUCACUGCCCUCACACUGCGCGAGCCCGAGCGCACCACCAUCGGAGAGGAAGGUGCAACCCCCUCCAAAGGCAAGGACGCCUCGCUCGAGAGCGGCAAGAAGAUGCCGCAGGUAACGAUCUGGCACGUGAUCGCUCAGCCGCGCGUCCUGCUGCUCUGCCUCGCCGCCUCCAUCCGGCACUGCGGCGGCAUGUGUUUCGCGUACAACGCGGACCUGUACUACCGUGACUACUUUCCCGACGUCGACCUCGGCUGGUGGCUGUUCGCCGUCACCGUCGGCAUCGGAUCCGUCGGCGUCGUCGUCGGCGGCGUCGUCUCCGACAAGUUCGUGGCGCGCAUGGGCGUGCGGUCGCGCGUGCUGGUGCUGGCGCUGUCGCAGCUCAUCUCCACGCUGCCGGCCUUCGGCUCCGUCGUAUUCGGCCCGCUCUGGGCGAUGAUCACCCUCGCCUUCUCCUACUUCUUCGCCGAGAUGUGGUUCGGCAUCGUGUUCGCGAUCCUGGUGGAGAUAGUGCCGAUGUCGGUUCGCUCCACUACAGUGGGUGUCUUCCUCUUCGUGAUGAACAACGUGGGCGGCAACCUGCCCAUCCUCGUGGACCCCGUCUCCAAGGCCAUCGGCUACCGGGAGGCAAUCAUGAUCUUCUACGCCGGCUUCUACGGCAUCAGCAGCAUACUUUUCUUCCUGACGAUGUUCCUGAUGGACGGCCCGGCGCCGGCGGAGGCACAGGGCGGCACCCAGGGCGGGGCGCCAGGCGGCACCCAGGGCGGGACGCGCGGCGCAGAAAACCGCGCCUUCAGCCACGACGAGAGCACGCUCCCCGCCGCCCGCAUCCCCCGCGCCGGCCUGCCCAUAGACAACAGCAAGUUAUAGAGGCGCGCGCCACAGAUAAUGUGACGCGUUCUCGGCGCCGUGUUGAGGUCGGGUCGAUGUGAAAAAUCGAUUCUUGCCAUAACUGAAGCAAUUUUUCAAAAGUGGUUUGUCUUUUUCGAUGACUUCUUUUGUUAUUGCAUUAAUUUUGUUGAAUAUUUUUAUUGAAUCGAAUGGGCACCAUUGUGGCAAAGACAAUUGUUUUGCAACUUUACAUUUUCGUUUCUAAUGAAAGUCUAAAGUCGUUAUGAUUAAAAAUGUAUCAAUUUUUAGAGUUUUCGAGUUGUUUUCGUGAAUUUUGGCUUAAGAACGUUAUAAGCUGAAAAUUCUUCGAACUAUAAUUGAUAAUUGCUUUAUAUGAAAUUUGAUAAACUCGGUGUCCAGCAAAUGUUGAAUGAGGUCGUGGCUGGUGGCAGAGAGGAUGCCGCCUAUGCCAGUGACCAGAGAGCUGGAGGGCUGUUCCUGUUAGGUUGUAUAUUUAAAUGUUCGAAGUAAGUCGUUGUUACGUAAAAGUACAAUUAGAACUAGUAAAUGUUGUGUAUAUUUAUAAAAGAAAACAAAGAAUAACGUUGUUUAUAAAUUAAAACACAAAUUUUUUUCCACAAAUUUCCUCUGUCGAUAUUAUUCUUGUCACAAUUUUUUGACUAGCUAGACGAUUGUGAAAUAAAUCUCGUAAAGAUUUCACAAAGUUGGAAAGGCACACUAAGAAACACGUCUGUAAUUGUUAAAACAUUGAUACAGAGUAGUCAACAUUAAGUAUGGACUACAAUUUUUAAAUCCAACAUAUCCGGUACAUGUUUUGUUAAAGAAAUAAAAUAGCAAGUUGAACUUGAAAUAGUUUAAGUGCAUUUGUAUAAGAAAUUAAUGCAACAAAAAGCAGUUAUAAAUGUGAUACUGAACUUUUGUACAUAUUUAUAUUAGGCUAGUUUUUGUUCUUGUAAAUAAAUCAUUGAAUAUUGCA